AUGGCUGAUUCGGUCAUCGGCACCGUCUUGGAAAGGCACAGUGAUGUUGUACUAGUCACUGGCGGCUGUUCUGGACUUGGACGUGAGAUCGUGAGAGACCUCAAGAGGUGUAAGCACCCAAAAGUUGUCGUAUUUGACCUUCACAUACCGCCAGAUGAGGAGAGGUUUCCAGAGGUCCACUAUUACUCGUGCGACGUUAGCGAUGUCAACAGCAUCCAAGCGUUGGCCGCCAUUGUUAAGAGAGAAGUUGGCAUUGUAACGGUUGUGAUAAACAAUGCUGGCAUUACAUCUGGUAAGACGCUCUUGGAGUUAUCCUUUGGAGAAAUUGAAAAGAUCAUUGCCGUCAAUUUGACAUCCAACUUCUAUAUCAACAAAACAUUCCUCCCUGAUAUGGUGCUGUUGCAAAGAGGGUACAUCGUUACCGUGUCUUCGGUAUUGGGGUACAUGACACCAGCAAGGCUCAGUGCAUAUGGAGCAGCCAAAUCAGGAGUAAUUGCGCUCCACGAGUCCUUGACAUAUGAGCUAUCCCGGACUAUGGGUUCCUCUACUGGGAUAAAGACGUUGCUAGUCGCCCCAGGUCAGAUGAGAACUACUUUGUUCAACGGUGUAAAUACACCAUCAUCGAUCUUUGCGCCAGAGCUUGAGCCUUCAUACGUGGCACAAAAGAUUGUGAGAGCUUUGAAAUGUGGUCGACGUGGUGAGCUUCAGCUUCCCUUAUACGGGCACUUUCUCCCGUUGUUCAGAGCUACUCCUUGGCCAAUUACGCUGUUCGUCAGACGCAUGAGUGGUAUGGACGAAGCAAUGGACUCGCACAGCACUGUGGGUCCAUCUUCAAGGGCUUGA